CUUUGGUAGGUUUUGUAUGUGAGUAGUUAGAGAAGAUGUCUGUGUCGCCAGUUACCCAAAUGAGCUCUAGCAGUGAGAUGAGGGCAAUUCCCUUAAGACGAGUCCAUUUAACUGACCCGUCGCAGCUCCCUGCCAGCUACUCUUCCACCCCUGGCGGCACCCUCUUCUCCACUACACCUGGAGGUACCCGGAUAGUGUAUGAUCGAAGCAUGUUGAUGAACUUGCGUCAAUCUCCACUGUCCCAGACCCCACCUCAGAACCUUCCUUCAAUUCCCGGUGUCACUGCCCCAAAGCAAAAGAAAGCCAAGGAGAAUGGCCAUGUGAUCCUGGAAGAUGUACAGGCUGAAUCUGCUGCCUCCAAUCCUCAACAUGAUGGAGAAGAUGCUCACCAGUUCCCCAUGGAGAUCUAGAUCCUCCUCAUCCUCAUCUGUGUCGUAAUGGCAGGGAUCCGAGAAUGGGUCUAGGAAAUAUCCCUUCUCGCUAUUUUUUUUGGCCCUUUUUUUUGUCUUUUCCUUGUUUUUUGUUGUUACCUCUUCCCUCCUUUCAUCCUUUUUUCUCUAUCUUCUAUCUUUCAGAGCUGUAUUUGCAUUUGCUCUGCAUGGCUUGUUCAUGUGUGCCUUUCUGCCCGUUAGGGACCCCAAGUGACGAGCAUCUUGUCUGUGUGCCAACUGCUGAGCAACUUACACUGCUUCCAACCAGAAUCAUGUUGAUGUGAUUGCAGGCAUCAGUACUGCUACAGUACCAGUAUAGUGUUCAGUGUGAUGUGAAGCCUUACUUCAUCUGCAGAAUAAAUCAAAGAUAUUUCCCAACUGAGGGUUUCUUGUGACAUUUGUUUUAUUUAGGGAACAAGAGAGAAUUUAAGAUAGGUCUGCUGUAGUAGUAAAGUAGCUAUUUCUGAAUGUUACAAAAAUUGAAAGUAAUUCCUUAUGUUGGCUAAAAUUUCAAACAUUGACAGCCAAUUUUAUCUCAUUGCUUUCAUGUUUCAGCACCAGGCACAAGGUUUGGAAUCAAAAUUGGUCUUUCUUCAAUGUGCUCAUGCAUGCAAGAUGGUCAAUUUUUUGGCAAU